UAUGGCAGCAUACAUGGCUAUCAAGUACCACCACUCGUAUCCCCAAGACCAAAAAAAGAAAUAGUAACUACAACUACACCUGCUUAAUUCGCCUUUCCUCGAUCGAAUGGCUUCCAGUGAUUCUGUUGUGAAAGCCGGAUACUGGAUUUUCGGGCGUGACUUCAACCGGCCGGUAGAUGCUAUACCUUUCGAACUCUUCACACAUCUUUAUGCUGGCUUUGCCGAGGUCAACGCUAAUGAUGGCACGGUCACCAUUCCUGAGCAAUACUCGGUUCAAUUCCGAACCUUCACCGACACCGUUAGAGUACGAUCCCCUCAAGUGAAAACUCUUUUAUCCAUCGGUGGUGAAGGCUCUAACAUAUCUCCAGUGGUGGCAGAUGAAAAUACGCGUCGUACAUUCAUAAGCAGCUCCAUAGAUCUAGCCAGGUCCUACCGUUUCGAUGGCCUUGACCUCUGCUGGCUGUACCCUAAUUCCCAGACCGACAACCCUGAAAAUCUCAGUUCACUCCUGCAGGGGUGGCGUACUGCCGCAGGGUCGUUGCUGCUAACUGCAACGGUGUUUCACCACCGGGCCACUACUAAUUUCAAUUAUCCCAUUCAGGCUAUUAAUGAAAAGUUGGACUGGAUCAACGUACUGGCCGUUGACUUCUAUACUCCGAAGUCCGACUCAUCACCCGAGCACACAGGACCGGUUCAUGCGUGGCGCAAUCCUCGAGAGCAAAACAAGUGUGGAAGUGAAGGCAUUUAUAACUGGAUUAACGGAAUUGGUCCUAAUCCUGUAAAAAUUGACACCCAGAAGUUGGUCCUUGGCCUUCCAUUUUAUGGCUAUAAAUGGACUCUGACAGACAGCCAUCAACAUGAUUUCUUUGCAGACGCGGCUAAUCCACCAACUCCUGCAGCCAUAGCGUUCAGAAAUAUCCAGGCGGACUAUAUCAACCUUAAUAAUGCAGGCCGUCUCGUGAAUGAUCCUGACAUGUUUGUUGCCUCCUACUGGCAUCACGAUGUUACUUGGAUUGGUUUUGACGAUAAGCAUAGCAUCGCUACAAAGGUUAAGGAGGCGAUUAGGGGAUAUAACUUGCGCGGUUACUUUGCAUGGGAUCUGGCCGCCGAUGACGACAAUUGGACUCUCUCAAAAGCAGCUUCCAAUGCACGGGAUAAUGCGAUUGAUAAUCCUGGUACUUCUUCUACUAGUACUAGUACUAGUACUAUUACUACUGGUGGUAACACAACUACUAUUACUAUUACUAAUACUGCUACUAGUACUAAUACUAAUACUAAUACUAGUUCUGUACGUUAAAAUAUGACUACUGCUGCUGCUGCUGCUGGUGGUAACACAACUACUAGUAUUACUAUUGCUUAUACUGCUACUAGUACUAAUACUAAUACUAGUUCUGUUAAAAUAUAUAUGUAACAUAUUAUAAGCUGCUUGUAUCAUCAACAAUAAAGCCAAUGGCUAGCUGGCUGGCUAUCAUGCUG